UAAUUCCCAAUGGUUCCACUUCCAGUACCUCAAUACCUAAUAAUAAUGAAGUAGUAGUAACUUCCAGUACCUCAACGCCUAAUAAUAAUGAAGCAGUAGUAACUUCCAGUAUCUUAACACCUAAUAAUAAUGAAGCAGUAGUAACUUCUAGUACCUCAACACCUAAUAAUAAUGAAGCAGUAGUAAUUGGUAAUAUGUAUAAUACUAGAGAAAAUUGGAUAGAGAUAACAGAUGAUGAUAAUAAAAAAUAUUGGAAAUGUGUACAUUGUCAUGAAAAGACUUAUGCAAUAAAAACUAGUAGAAUGCAUUUAAAAAACCAUACCGUAAUAUGUCCUAAUUCUCCACUAGGUAAAACUCCGAAUGAAGAGUUCAAACUAGUUACUAAAGAAGAUGUAGAUAAUUCAAUAGUAGACUUGGGAUCCUGGGUUAGUGAUAAUUGGAGGAUAGUUAAUAUUGUUCUAAGUUUUCAAAAAUCAGGACAAACAGCGGAAGAAAUAACAUCAGUAAUAAUGAGCAUGUUAAAAAAUUACUCUAUUGAAAAUAAAAUAUUGGCACUUACUAUAGAUAACACCGCUACUAAUAAAGCA